AUGGCAUCAUCGUCAUCAGACCAACAGUCUUUCGUAACUGAAAAGCCCCAGGAGGAAGCCUACGAAGAAAAGCAUGUCCAUGAGGUGUACCAACAAAUCGCAAGUCAUUUUUCCUCCACUCGCUACAAGGCGUGGCCAAUUGUGAAACGGUUCCUUACAGAAUUAACACCCGGAGCUAUCGGACUAGAUGUGGGAUGUGGCAAUGGAAAAUGUCUACCUGUAAACCAGAAUGUCUUUAUUGUUGCUUCAGACAGAUCCGAGAACCUUGCCCGAAUUGCCGCGAAUCACCAACCACACUCGGCCAUUGUGGCGGAUAUCCUGAACUUGCCACACCCGGAUUCCUUCUUCGACUUUGCAAUAUCGAUAGCUGUGAUACACCACUUGUCAACCCCGGCUCGAAGGAUUCAAGCUAUCCGUGAGAUUCUGCGCACUUUGAAGCCCGCCACGGCAGAGGCUCCCGGAGGGAAAGUCCUACUAUAUGUAUGGGCACUUGAGCAGAAGACCAGCCGCAGGGGCUGGGAUAAAGGUGACGAGCAGGACAUUAUGGUUCCAUGGGUAAUGACAAGCAACUUCCCCAAAGACGGUCCAACUGAGCAACCAAAAGUUUUCCAUCGAUAUUACCACCUUUAUGGGGCCAAUGAGUUAGAGCGUGACAUAACCAAUGCGGGUGGUCGUGUACUGGAAUCUGGCUAUGAAAAAGACAAUUGGUGGGCAAUCGCAGCACGAUGAGACCAAUGAGAAAAACACCGUAACACAUGGGAAUAACGCGUGCUCCGAGAUCCAGCUCCGGAGAUCUUUCAUGGCAUCUAUUUAUAACAAAAGAGAGAUGAAACAAGAAGGAAAUGUCGUCAGGCACGGGCCUUCCUUGAAAUUCUGGGCAAAAGAAGGCACAUAUCAACCGAGCCAGUCGAGAAAAUCCAUCCUAUGGACGAAGGUAGAUAUUCAGCCAACGCUAUGCAAGUCAUUAUAACGCAGCAGAAUCGAAAUGCAGCAAGAAAUGUGGGGGUAAAGAAAGAAAUAAUAGGCAUAGGUAAAACGCAAUAAAGAGUUGGUUCUUUUUGACCCUAUGGAAGGGUACGAGGGGGAAUGCCAAGAUUGGGGCCCAUAUGACCACUGUGAGUGCCGCUUAAAUCCAUUGGACGGCCUAUUCGAUAGACCUCCCUUGGAGGAGGAAAAGGUGGAGGCGGAGCAAAUGCUGGAACUCCUG